CCCACCCUCCCUGUCGCUGCACCCCAGCCAGGGGGUGUCCCUGGGGGACACUGUCACCCUGCGCUGCCACCUGCCCCAGCUGGCUGCCCGGGUCCGGCUCUGCCAGGAAGAACGAUUCAUCUCCUGCAUGUACAAGCACCAGGUACAGAACACGGCUGAGUUCUCCUUUGUUAGCACAAGUAAGGAACAUGCGGGGACUUAUCGGUGCCAGUACCAGGUGUCAGAAGAAUGGGGGGCAUGGCAGAAGACUGACCCCGUGGAGCUGGUUGUGACAGAUUCCGACUUACCCCCACCUGCCGUUUCCCUGCGCCAGGAGGGAUGUGUGGAGAUGGGGACCAACGUCACCCUCUGUGUGGAGACAAGGACCAAUGUCACCAUCCAGUGCAGGAACAAGGAUAAAGGGACCUCCUUCCUCCUGCACAAGGAUGGGUGCUCAGCCCCUGUCCAGCGCCAGGACCCUGAUGGUGCUGGCACGGCCUCUUUCACCCUCUUAGCAGUGACCCUGGCAGACUCUGGUACCUAC